AUGCGCGGCGCCCUACUUGCCUUCGUGGGUACUGUUGCCGCAUUAACCGACAUCGAGCACAAACCCUUCAUGAGAAAGAACAUCGACCCAAUCAUCCUCCCUGGAAAAUAUGUCUCCCAUAUGCAUUCCUUCUACGGCUCCGACGCCGUCACAAAGGACCUUCCAACCACCGAAGACCUCCAGAAAGGUUGUCCGUCAGGUGAGAAUCCAAACGACUUGUCAGUAUACUGGGCACCAACCCUCUACUACGUCAAUGGAGACACGUACACAGAGAUCUACCCCGCGACCUUCAAAACCUACUACGAGAACAUCGACCGCGCCGAGAUCUCGUUUCCGCGCGACCUGUACAUGGUCGCCGGCAAUGCGUCUGCAAAGUCGCAGGCUGAUAUCAACGAGAAGGUCACGGCGUUAACGUGGUGGUGCGAUACGGGUGCAGAUGAUCGCAACAGUCGCCCAAGAGCUGCGUUUCCAAGAAGGACAUGUAGCGCGCACAUGCAGGCGAUACUGAGGUUCCCGGACUGCGUUAACCCAGACAAGGUUACAGAGUAUGCAUACGCGGCUGCGAGUCCUGGUGGAAAGUGUCCCAGUGGGAUGAAGCGGAUGCCGAGCUUGAGGUUCUCGGUGAGGUAUAACACCAAGGCUGUUCCGGGUGGGUGGAGCGGCGUGCCGCCGUUCAAGCUUGCUUGCGGAGAGAUUGGUGACGGUUAUUGCUUCCAUGGUGACUUCAUCAACGGCUGGUUUGAGGACGCCGCACAGAAUAUGCUAAAAGCGAAGGGGCAGUCUUUCAUGGCCGUUGAUGGCGCGCAUGGUAAGGGGAAGGUACCAUUCAACCAGAAUUGCAAACCGAAGGAUCGGGAUCCGGGUGGGGGGACGAGUGAUUAUCAUAAAAGCUUGGAAUUGAUGGGUCAUAUGUAG